GGAUUUUUUUUUUUUGCUCUUUUGGAUGUGACUGUAACUGCAACAACAUUAAUAACCAGAGUGAACAAGAGUCUCAAGGAGAGAUGGAAAAUGAUCUCUGGAUCUAUCUGCUGUGCUUCCUUAAGGCUGUUUUCUGCACAAGUCCAGAAGACAGCAUUAUUUGUAAACGGGAUGUUUGCUAUGUUCUGCACACUAGCAAGGCCAGCUUUGAAACCUCAUCCCACUCCUGUGGGAACAGCAGCUUUCUGACAGAUUUGGCCACCGAGGAAGACAAUGAAUAUGUCCUUAAACUCUUCUCCAGCUCUUCUUCACAUUUGAAUGGAAACUUUGUUUUCUGGAUAGGUCUGAAGAGAAACAAACUGAGCUGCACACAGGAACACGUAAAUCUCCGUGGAUUCAACUGGAUCGCAUGGCAUGAAGACAGGUCAGAAGUAAGUAAAUGGAGGAAAGAACCAGAACACACAUGCAUGACCACACGCUGUGGAGUGUUUGCAGUUGACUUUAGUGAGGGUCAUUUAUUAAACUGGGGCUGGGAGGAGGCACAGUGUUCAAAGGAAUACGGCUUUAUUUGCAAACUCAGUCCCCCUAGCAUGUGUAGUGCGCCUCAGAUCCCACAAAUAAAGGAUAUAAAAUACAGGACUGUGAAGAAAUCAAAUGUGCCAAUGACCUUUUUUCCACAGAGUACUGUGGCUGAAGUCACUUGUUCAUCUGAAAGGAAAAUCAAUCUAUUGUGUCACAAUCACCAAUGGAAAUUGGCAAAUGAAGAUGCACCAGACCUGACAAAGCUUUGCCAGUGCCCAGAUGGUUUCAGAUCUAAUGAUCAGGGGAAUUGCUUUGAUAUUGAUGAAUGUAUUAACACGGAAGGAAGCUUUUCCUGUGAGUGUGAUGAAAAAGCUGGGUACCUUGGAGAAGUUCGGAAAUCCUGCAAAUCCAAGCCAGCAGACACCACGACGCCUGGCAUUGCGGAGAAGGCUACUACGCUCAAGGACAUGGCAAACAAACAGAUCCCAGCAGCGAUUUCUACACACGUACCCUCCUCGCGUCGGGCUCUGGGCGAGAGAGACCCGUCUUCUACCUUCGGCGUGACGUCCACAGCACUCAACAGAAACUCGGGCCCAAGGUGCUCGAGCCAGUCUUGGUGGCUGCUGUGGUCCUGGCUGCUGUGGGCGAUACUGUAUAGUUUCAGGGAUUCUCACGUGUUGCUUUAGGAAGAACUCCAAGAAAAUAACAGGUAACAAAGAGAAAGAAUCAGCUGGUUCCUUGGACCUUGACCCAAACUGUGUGGACUUGUCAGAACAAAAAAAUGAGAAAGACAGUAAUGCUGACCGAUACGUAAUGUUACAUAAUGGACAAUUCACAAUAACAUGAAAUCUUAGACUAAGAGUCCAACUGUGACUUGGGAACAUUCCUUGGUGAUAUUCUGCUAUGUACUACGUAUCACGAAUCUCUAUAAUAAUCUAUCACAAUGUUUCUAAUACUAUCAUAGUUUAUCGUAAUGUUUCCAUCACUAUCAUAAUUGAUCACAAUGUAACUAUCACUAUCAAAGUCCUUUUGCUUUGUUUCUAAAUCAUUUCAUUAAAUGAGAAUAGAGAUAUGCUUAUUUUUGACAUCUCUGUUUUUUCUAAGAUGUUAAAAUCAGUUUAUGAUAUGGCAAGUGUAUUAACAGGUUUUUUUCAUACAUACUUUUUUAAUUCUGUCUUCAUAUUUAAUCUCUGUUUUUACUGUUCCAGAAAAAUACAAUUUAUAGAAAAUACGAUCCAAUAUUGUAUAUGACAAGUUGAAAAAUCAACAUAACCUAUCGUGUAAAUGCUGAGCAGGAAUAUUUGCUAUGUAACAUCGCCAUCUGUAUAAAACACGUUUCUUAAAAAUUGAUUUAUAUUUUUUUGCAAUUUAAAA